AUUGCCCCCAUCGAUUAAUCCACCGGUGCAUAUAACUACCUACGACCCCUCGCCCGUAACCUACCGCGAUUUCUUCCCUCUCUUUCUUUCUCUCUCUCUCUUCCUAUCUCUUCCCUAUCACUACCUUCUUCUCUUUCCAAAAACCCGCUCACGGUGAUUUAUGCUCACGUUCCCUUACCCAAUCUUGGAACACCGAGCUUUUGAUUUAUUUCUUGCCAGCUACUCCCUCUUGCCACAUCUUGUCUAGCAUAACUAACUCCAAUGGAAUCUAUUGUCCGGAAGCCUGAAGUGAGCUUCCAGAGCCACCGCGACAUGACUGUCAAGCAACAGCGGGAGCCAUCUCGUCUCCGAGCAAGCCCCCAGGACGAGCUGCACGAUUUGCUUUGUGUGGGGUUCGGUCCUGCAUCUCUCGCAAUCGCAAUUGCCCUGAACGAUGCCCUGGACCCAUGUUUGAACAAGCCCACCUCCAGUUCCGGCUGGCAACCUAGAGUCUGCUUCCUGGAGCGUCAGAAGCAAUUCGCCUGGCACCCGGGCAUGUUGCUGCCCGGAUCGAAAAUGCAAAUUUCUUUCAUCAAAGACCUGGCCACCCUCCGUGAUCCCCGCAGCAGUUUUACCUUUCUCAACUACCUUCACCAGAAGGAGCGGUUGAUCCACUUCACAAAUCUGGGCACGUUCACUCCAGCUCGCCUGGAGUUUGAGGAUUAUAUGCGGUGGUGUGCGCAACGAUUCUCCGAGGUGGUCUCUUAUGGAGAAGAGGUGAUUGAUGUAGUUCCGGGCAAAACCGAUCCUACAGGCUCGGUGGUUGACUUUUUCACUGUCCGCUCCCGCAAUGUCGAAACUGGAGAAAUCUCCUCCAGAACGGCACGGAAGGUCGUGGUCGCGCUUGGUGGCAGUCCAAAGAUGCCCCCGGGCCUUCCUCAAGACCCCCGGAUCCUGCAUUCAUCCCAGUACUGCACCAAUCUACCCGCUCUACUCAGCGACGAGCGCAAACCUUAUAACGUUGCCGUUCUUGGAAGCGGCCAGAGUGCUGCGGAAAUCUUCCACGAUAUUCAGAAGCGUUAUCCUAACUCUAAGACUACCCUGAUUAUGCGGGAUACCGCCAUGCGACCCAGCGAUGAUUCCCCAUUCGUCAAUGAACUCUUCAAUCCCGAGAGAAUCGAGAAAUUCUACAAUCUUUCUGCGAAUGAACGUCAGCGUUCCCUCAAGGCUGACAAGGCCACCAAUUAUAGUGUGGUGCGGCUUGAGCUCAUCGAGCAGAUUUUCGACGACAUGUAUACCCAGCGAAUCCAGAACCCCGACGAGACUCAGUGGCAACACCGCAUUCUACCUGGCCGUAAAGUCACCCGAGUCGAACAUCAUGGACCCCAAAGUCGGAUGCGCAUCCACGUUCGAGCCGCUAAGGAUGGCGCGGACAGCCUGGUUGGAGAUGGCAAGGAGACAUUGGAGGUGGAUGCCCUCAUGGUGGCAACGGGUUACAACCGCAAUGCACACGAGCAGCUUUUGAAGAACGUACAGCACCUGCGACCGGCGGGGCAGGAAGUGUGGACCCCGGCUCGGGAUUAUCGGGUCGAUAUGGACACCAGCAAAGUUAGCGCCCAUGCAGGUAUUUGGCUUCAGGGCUGCAAUGAGAAGACACAUGGCCUGAGCGACAGUCUUCUGUCCGUAUUGGCCGCUCGAGGCGGAGAGAUGGUGGAAUCAAUUUUUGGUGAACAGCUCGCGGGUGCGACGGUGCCGGCCACCAGAUUGCGCGCCAUGCUAUAAUACAGGAAUCUGACCCAGGGAGGCAUCCGCAGGUCUGCUUCGUCGACGUAACUUACUGAUGCCUAGGAAUAAUACUUGAAUGAUCGGAAGAGAAGAGGUGAAAAAUAGAGGGGCGGGUGAGAACAGGAAAAAGAAACGCUUGCUUCAGGAUUUACCUUGACUGUAAACAAUAUAUUGGUCGGUUAUGAUCGUUCCCUCAUAUCAAAUAUAC